AUGCCUCCCCUCCGGUAUAUAAUGUGCACAUGCAAGCAUCUUAUCAGUGAAAGAAGGGGUCUGUAUCCAUUACCUGACACCAAUUUCACCUGCGCGCGUCAAUCAAGCCGUUUUCGUUACACAACACAUCACUUCGGUUGGUUGUUCUUUUUAAGGGAGGUAACGCAAACGGCCAUAUUGACAUCCCAUUGGAAAACACAGUGCAGCAUCGAAGUGACGCAGCUUGGAAUUCCCAAAUUUCCGAUGAUCACGACCGGAAUGCUGUCUGUAAAAUAACAUUUCGAGAACUAUCGGAGCUUAAACGGCGAAAUUGAAGUGAAAUAAGCGGGAAUAAGUUGUAGUUUCUGUGCUGAGCCUCAAGGGGGCGAUGUCUGAUAACAGCAGCAGCACAGGCAGCAGCCGCAGCGGAUCCUUGACCACCAGUUGGACCAUGCUGUCCCCAGAGGAAGCUCCUGAAAUUGUUGAUCCUGUGGAUGAUGGGACUGGGAGUCUUUGUGAUGUCCCUAGUCUGUCAGAGGAAGUCGCAGGGGCCACUGUGGAGACUAAGCCGAGUGACCCGGAGACUCCAAUAGAAACAGUGUUGUCAGAGGAGGGCCAACAGGUUUGCCAGGAAAUGGCUCCUGAUACCUGUGAGGGCCCUGCCCCCUCCAGACCUACCCUGUUAAGCCAAUCCCCGACUAGCGGUGUGCCCCUUGACCAUGACCUGGAGAGUCAACCUGAGCCCCCCAUCAUCCAUUCUAUGGUAACCAGCUCCCCCACUGACAAUGAGCAACUCGCUGCCAUGCCCUUUGUCACUCAUGUCGACCUGGUUGUGCCAUUGGAUGUAUCCUUCACAGAACCACCCCCCUCAGAGGUUGAGCCUGAGUUAUGCUCCGUCCCUGAGAGCUCUCCUCUUGAUACCCACACUGAUACAAGCCCUGUACCUGAGCGUAUUGCCCCUAGUGCUGAACAUGACAUAAGCAUUCACACAGAGACUCCCACCCCAACGGGCCCGCCAUCUGACACUGAUAUUGGCCCUGCCCCAGAAAGCCCAGCCCCUGAUAGUCCUCCUCCAGAUACCAUUGGUUCAGAGGAUGCAGCACAAGAGCCAUCACUGGAAACGGGGGAGACAGAAUUGCCUGAAAAGGUGACUGAUAUACCAAAGGAAAAAGAAUCUCCCAGUAGCUUUGACUUUGGACGAGCUGACACGAGUACUGAGGAAGGAAAUGGUCUGAGGAGGAGAAAUGUGGCACCAACAAUGACAUCGGAUGAUGAUGAUGAGGAGGUGGAGUUCAAACUAGCAGAGAGGAAAGGGGGGAAGAAGGGCUUUUCUAUGAACACAUGUAUUGUGGCAUCCCUGGUCCUGCUCUGUCUAGGGUCCCUCUUCCUCUCCGAUGACUCGGAUGAGCUGAGUGUGGCAGAACAAAACCAGGACUGGCUAAACGAUCCUCAGAAGAUGAAGGCGCUUUUGGACAAACUGACACAAGAAAAUCAUCAAAUCUCCCAGUUAGAAACACAGCUCCAGGCCCAUAAAGAAGAACUUGACUCAGCACUAAAUGCAGGAUCAGCAACGGGUAAUAAAAACAGAAAAGGAGAUCUGGAGCAAGAAAAUACUUUGAAAGAAGAGCUGUCAUCCCUGCCUGGCCUGAAGGAGGAGCUGGAGUUGCUGAGGGCCAGAGUGACCGAACUGUCCCAACUCACUGCAGCCAACCAGGAUACAGCCCCACCGCCCUCAAGCCCAACUCCACCACCUACUGGCCAACCUGGAAUUAGCAACCAGAGUAGCACCACAGUAGUGCCCGAAAGGAGGAGUGACCUGAGAGAGGGUGCCAGGGUGAAGGAAGAGCUUCAGAGGCAGAAGGUGCUGUUGGAGGAAAGCAGGAAGAGACUGGAGGGGAGGAAGAAGGAUGAAGGGUACCAGAAGAGGGUGAGGGAGAGCCUGGCUGAGAUCCAGAGGAGGCUCAGUGAGCAGGUGGAGAAGAUGGGGAGGAGGAGUGAGGGCAAGAAAAAGCCAUGGGAAAGCAGGAACAAGGAUGGGAAAAAAGACAAGGACAACAGCAAAGGCCACUGGAAAAAUGAAGAGAAGAAGGGAGAGAAGUACUGUAAACAUGGCAUGGAGGGCAGAUGGAAGGAGAAGGAUGAGAGAAAGGAGAGGGACUGGAAGGCUAACAAAGAAAACUCUCAUAAAGAGGCCUGCAAGAAAUCCCAGGAUGAAUGGGAGAAGGAGAAGAACGAGCGCAGGCUGGACAGGGAUAAAAGAAAGCAGGAGAGGCCCUGGCAGUCCAGGAAAGACUACAAGAAAAAGUCCAAUCAUCACCAUCAAGACUCCAACUAUCAGGAGCAACAUCAGCCCCAUCAAUAUGAACACACCAGCUUCUGGAAGCACCAGGAAGAGAAACUUGGACGCAACGUUCGCCCCCUGGCGGGCUGCAGCAGUGUUGAGGACUGCGCUAGCCAGGAAGGGCUCUUUCCCGUGGAACUGUCUGAAUUCGAGGAGUUGUUAGAUGGCUACCUGAGCAAGCUGGAGAGGGCUACAUCGGACAGCAAGGCCGAGAUCCAGAAGCUGGCCGCCAUGUUUUUCCGAGACGGUGUGUUCGUCCAUGACAAAGUGCUCUUCAGUGACUUCGCUGAAGAUGUGGCGGACAUUUUAGAGGACAUGGUGGACAUUUUGGAGGUUGGUGGGCAGGAUGAUGACGCCCUGGAGGAGGCGAUGGAGGAGUUUGAGCGAGAAGCUUUGUGGAAGUUUGCAGCCACUACAUAGAUAGAAAUAAUCCAGAAGACAAUGCAACAUCAAGAUACAGCAAUGGUAUUACAUGGUGGUGUACAGCAGGUGUUUUAAGGCUUCCGGAGCAAGGAGUGAUCUUGCAUCUCGUAAACAUGUCUCUAUCUCUGCAUCUAUAAUUAGCUGAAAUCGUUCUUGUCUUUUGGGACUCGGUCGUUACCUCCUUAUGUCAGUUCAUGUCAUGUCUUCAAUUCCAGGCCCUACAUGUUGACAGUUGUGUGGAGUUGAUUUGCAUAUAGUGUUUGGCACUUGUAAUGUGCAGUUCAAGAUCAAAACAGGAUAAGAUUCACAGCAAUGUGAACUCGAUGCUCCCAUAACAACUGAUUGCUGAGCAGUCUCUCCUCUGUUGUCAUCGUUAGGAUCAGAUCUAGUCGAACCGGUUCUGUAUCGGCUCUGUUAGCUUCUGUUGUAUCAGCUCUGCAAACAUACAGUGCCGUGUAGGCGCUAGGCCCUUAGUGGUUGGUUUCUGUUUUUUUGCUAAUUGUCUUACCAUUUGAGUAUAAUGGUCGGUGAAAGCAGAACAUUCUGGAACAUUUUAAUGAAAGCAGAAGGUGCCCUGCCACGUCAGGACAGAGGCCCAGCUCUGCUGCCUCAAUCGCUUUGGCACAAGUGGGAGUUCUUACUACUUAUUCACACUGAGAUCAUGAUUGUGGCGUCCUAACGUGGCAGGAAUCGAUUCUAAUAUAGCUCAGUGUACUAUGCUGAGUUAGACAUAUUGAUAAGGAGUGCAAAACCAAAUUGGCAAUUUUGACCCGUCUGAACUAUUGUUUUUGACACAUUUUGAUCAAUCAAUGGUAUUUUCAAUAAGCACUGUUAUUGGUUGCAUUUUCCUUUUUUAUAGAUAUUUUGAUUACGGUGAUGUAACCUGGAAAAUAUGUCUUUAUGAGAUCGUUUUAACUGAUGUUUUGUCACGCAAUGCCAUUUACCUUGUUCACGCCAGAUUUCAAAGUCAAACUAAGUACGAGGUUAUGACAUUAGUACAUAUUAAAAGUAAUGGUUGGGACUUUACAAGAGUUGAACCUGUACACAUUUCUGGAUGACUGUGUCCUUAUGUUUAUCUGUUGUCACACUCACUGUAUCAAUUACAUUAGGCUUUCAGGUUUUCAUAGAUUUUUUGUGGUUUAUUUAAAGAAAGAUAAGACUAGUCCCUAAUUUUGCUUUGCAUUUUAACAUCAAACCAACACUAGCUGUUCAUAUGUCCUUUUAAAGUAUAUAAUGUGAAAGAAAUUGCUUAAGUUUUAUUUUGACGGUUUUGUUUCUGCCAGCUAUGUGCCUUUUUAUAUAAGUCAAUUUUCACACUUGGAUUGACAGUGUUUGACUGAAAACUAAAUUGUUUUGCUUCUGUAAGCUUAAGAAUUCAAACUAUUUGUUAACUUGAUUGGUUAUGGUCCGGUUAUUUUUGGGAUCUUUUGUGAAGAGAAAAAAAAAUGUAGGGGGUUACACCUUUUGUGAAUUUAAUUAGAUCUAGUAAGUCAUAUUUGAGAUGUUUUUGGUUGAAUUUAAAACCUGUAAAUGUAAAUUCAUUGUUCAAGCUUUUUGACCAAAGAAGUCUAGCGACGAUGUGGAUAAAUACUUAAAAUAAUAAGAAACUUGAGAGGUUAUAAAUAAACUGCAUAAAAUGAGGAAAUUCAUUUUUUUUUACUCUCCAAAAUGCACAUGAUUACAUGUGUAACAAAAUGUUAUUUUACAAUGGACAUAUCCUUUCGAUAAUUUAGGAGUCAGGACGGUUCCAGUUUAGCAUUUAAUGAAAUUGAGUUUAGCCGAAUGAGUAAUCAAGUCUCAGCAGCCGUCUCUCUUAGUGGGUAUGUGUUGGACUUUUAAAUUAAGAUUACAAUAAAAAAUCUUCAUCUUGAAAGAUAA